AUGGCGGCCCGGCGCCUGGCGCCAAACGCGCCCUGCCUCACUAGAGGCUACGAGGCUUGUUGUUCGGUCUGUACACUGGCGCGCAUGGUAAAUGCCACCACCAGCCGAUAUUUAUUGGCUCGUGUAUCAGCCUCUCUUUCCAAGCUACGACCAGAAAAUCCGUUUUUCAGCGUUACCACCGGCACCAUGCACAUCUUCCGAUCGAUCGUCGUCUUGAUCUCUGUUUCUUACGCGCUAGCCGAAGAGGAUCCCGGUCCUCCAAUCAAUCCGACCCGAUUCGACUGUCCCCCGCAACACACGACGGCCAUUUGCGCCAGCGGCCACCCGGAAACCGGACUUAAGGGCAGGGCGGCAGUCCGCAACUUCAUGGGCCCCACUUGCGUGGGCAGCGGCUUCCCGAAUUGCGUCUGUUGUGUGGGCGGGGUGGUCAUUUUUAACGGGGCUGGUGAAGCCUUCGUCCCCGCCGAAGCGUUCGGAUCCAAAAAAUGCACCAUCUCCCACGACCACCAUUGA